AUGGAUCUUGACAACACCGACACUACCACGAGUGGUGAAAAUGACUUCCUGUUUGGCGACGGCUCUGCGGCCGCAGUGCCACCCUCUCUGCUCACCAGCGCCGCAGUGAUUGAUCUUGCGAUGCAUCCGCAGUUGCCAAUUUUUGCCGCGGGUCUUGUGACGGGGGAAGUGGAGGUGCACGAGUACCGCGCAACGGAGACGAGGCGGCGGCCAAUCACGCAGCAGUACUUCAAGGGUGACGGCUUUCAAGAAACAAACCCGUACAAUAUCCGUAUGCAUCCCAGGGGUUGUGUUUCCGCCAUGGAGUUUACAGAAGAUGGUAAUUAUCUCGUGACGGCAAGCAGUGAUCGUACUAUCAGUGUUUUGGACUGCGUGGCGGAACAAAUUGCACUUCAUAUAGGAGACGGGACCGCAACGAAAAAGAUGACCCCAGGCACCAAUCAAAGGAAAAAUGUUAAUAGUAGUUCAUCGAAAAGAGAAACUAUGAAAAUAAAGAAAAGGAAUAAGAAUCCCCACAAGUUUGGCAUCUCUGCAAUAAAUGUAUGUGAUGUGAAUUUGUUGGCCUCAGGUGAUGAUGAUGGUAUGAUUGCUAUAUGGGACAUGCGUCAGCGGACGCCGGCAUUCCGUUACCAUGAACACGGUGAUUACGUCUCGCAGAUGAUCUACUUUUCUGAUAUUCGGGAGCUUGUCUCUAGCAGCGGUGAUACCUGUAUCGGCGUGUUUGAUUUGCGUGGGGGCAAAAUCCGUGAUUACAGUGAGAAGAGGAAGGAUGAGUUGAGCUGCUUUGCGUUUGUAAACAACACAGGGAACAACACGAGUUCUUUUAUCCCAAGCAUUGUGUGCGGAACCCCGAAUGGCGGGCUUCCUGUGUGGAAGUUUGGUUCCUGGAGACGACCAUAUGAUAUCCUAGACCGGCAUCCGGCGGAAUGUGAAAGCAUUAUCUCUUUCAACAACCCCGAUAGCACGUUUAACCACAACAUCAUUCUUACUGGAGCAUGCGACGGUCUUGUUCGUGUAAUUCAGAUGUACCCUGUGCGUCGCAACCUGUGUCAACUCAGCGCCAGGGACUUUACCUACUCGCAUAACAACUCUAUUGGUGGGAAGAGCAGUGGCAGUUACGCCAAUAUGGCAGUACGUCGCCAGCGAGGCAAUGAGGGAAUUAGCCGAAUGCGACUGAGCCACGACUCCGCGAUGCUUGCGGUCUGCGGCACGGAUAGCAUUAUCGAUUUUGUUGAUGUGCGCUUUUUGUCGAAUGAGCGUGAAUUGGAUCAGUUGCGAUCGCAGACUGAGAAGGGGCACUUGGCGGUACUGAGGGAGAUGGAAAGGGAGCGGGAAAAGGAAGAAGAGACAGAAACAUCAGAGUCGGAGACCGAUGAUGACGAGGAUGACGAGGAAGGGGUGGAGAAGGAGUCUGGGCGGUGCAUGAAGAAUGCAAAAACAGCCAAACGCGGACGUGAGGAGGAGGAAGCCGGGGAUCACAGCGAUGAGGAAGCGAAGCCCAAGACGGAGCGUCAAAAGAAGCGGGAACGUGUUGCUGCUGCCAAAUGGCUGAAGGAGGAGAAGCGAAAAAAGAUAAACUUUGCAUUUGAGAAGCGAAGGCGGCGUGUAAAUGGCUUCUUUGGGGACCUGGGUUCUUGA